GCGAGCUGCGUCAGUGAACCUGCCUUACACGUUCUGUCGGCUCAACAGUAAACUCGCCUUUAACAGCUUGAACUGAAGCUACCGGGCUUAUUCCCUUUAAUUUAUACUCGACCCUAUUAUCUGAAGUUAUGUUCCCAGCGGAGUCAACAAGGAGGCUGUAAGAUAGAAAGUUUCACCAACCUGAGGAUCAGAGUCUCUCACCGAUGUCAAACCCACUCUGCUGACGCCCAGCAGCAGGACACAGCCGGAGGCUAGCUUGUUAGCUAGCAAGCAUGCAGCACUGGCCCGGGACCCCCAAGAGGAGGCGCUGCUGAGAGGGAGGGAGGGUGCAGAGAGGUGGGGGGGCGCUGCAGAGGGUUUGGUGCCUGCAGAGCCGGCCAUGGAUGACUUCAGCACCAGGACGUACGGCACCAGCGGCCAGGACAACAGGCCUCUGUUCGGGGAGACCUCGGCACGGGAUCGAAUCAUCAACCUGGCAGUGGGGGGGUUCACGUCACUGGUUGUUUUAGUGACUAUUGUCAGUUCUUUUGUGUUCCCCUCGUUGCCUCCGCGACCGCUUAAUGUCUUCUUUGCCGUGUGCAUCCUAUUAGCAUGCGGAUCCAAUAUAGUGCUGAUAUACUGGUACCGGCAGGGCGAUCUGGAGCCUAAAUUCAGGAAUCUGAUCUACUACAUGCUGGUGUCCAUCCUGCUGCUGUGUCUAUGUGCCAACCUCUACUUCCACGAUGUCAGGUAAAGAUGAAGAGGAGGAGGAAGAAAGGAGGACAUGGCCUUGACACAUGAAGGACUACAUGGACAGGAGGACUGAUCUCAAUCAAAUUUUUCCCAGCUGACCCGCAGCAAACUGGAGAUACUUGGACCAAAACCAGUGAAGCUUCUAAUGGUUCCAGCGGGAGGAAAACUUGUCAGACUUGUUGGUGCUGAAACACAAUUCGCUGAACACACACACCCACACACGCAGUGUAGAAAUCAUGUACUGUUAGAGGUCAAAACUCUGACUGGAGACACACUGCUGGAGGGUGUAUUUACAUGCUCAUUUGUGUCAUUCCUUUUUCAUAAUAACUCAGUUAAAUUCAUGAAGGAAUACAUUGUGAUUGCUAUUAUGAUGCAACCGUUAAAGGAGAAAUCUGCCCCUUCAUCCUGUUUUUGUAGGUCAUAUCACGUCUGUCAUUUUGAACUUGGUAUCUUUUAAAGUUGUUUUUUUCCCUCAAACAGUGGAUAUAAUAUACAGUCGAAGUAUUGUAAAUACAAUCAUGGAUGGAUUACUAAACAUGCAAAGGGCCCCAAAGGCCUUAACCUACAACAUGUAUGUAAUGUAUGUUCCUUUAAACGCCAAUCAGCUGCCAAGUUUUGAUAUAAUGGUGCAUUCAGGGUCAAAGAAAGCCAGUGUAAGGUGCAAAUGCUCAAGCUAAGACGUCUCCCAUAGUUUGUACUGCUCAUUGUUAUAGUACACUGUUUUAAGUUGGUAUAAAUACAAUAAGGGUGAACCUUUCAAACAAGGAAUGUGUUAAUAAUGGACUCUGAAAACAUUAUCAUGUUUAAGUGUAGGGUAGCAACCAGCAUAACAAGUGGGUUAUUUAGAUCAAUCAAAUAACUACUAAGACUUUAAAAGUGUUUGUUUGAUAAUUGCUUUACUACUUAAUUAAUGGUCCAAGAAAUGGCUUUUAUUUGUGAGUCAACAAACUAUGCUUCAGAUUCUGAAGAGUAAAAUCAGUAGUUUGAUUAUUAUUUCCACUUUAUUUAUUGUAUUUAAACCUCAACAAUGUUUUAGAGUUGAAUAGCACCUGAAUGCGCCAUUAUUCAUUUUCUCUGAAUCUGUGAAUAACUUCAUAACUGACUAUUUUAUUUUUGCUAUCAAACUGAUUGUAUGCAUUUUAACAGGGUGGAUUUUUCCUUUCAGCAGGUAGGGAAUGAUGAGCAUGUAAACACUCUGCAGCAGUAUUCAGUACUGUAGACUUUAGUAACAAACUAGCUAACAAAGCAAUAGCACAAGCAGCUUCUGUGGCAAAUAUAUGCAACUCUUUCUAUGUUUUAUUUUUCUCUGUAAAUGCUUAUCUGAUUAUCGCUGUGGAUUUAAUUCUUGUUCCACCUUAAGUCUUUGCUAAAAGGAGUUUUUUAGAAUUGAAAUGCUGAACUACACUGACUCACUGCCAAUCCUUGCACUAAGUAUUGGUACACACUUUAGUCAAAGCCAUGCACACACAGCUGUAGCACCAAUGAAAACAAAUGGGAACAAUACUGUUGCUUUACACUGAAGCUGAACAUUACACCAGAUAUUUAGUUGUAUCUAUAUCACAUUGAUGUGUCCGUCAUUUACAUUUUGCACCAACCAUUCUGCCAUUCACAAAUCUGAGCUGGGUUUUUUCCAGAAGUAGCUUUCAUUUUGACUGUUUGAUUUCGCUGUCUCUUUGUUUUGCAUCUAAAUAAGAAUUAUAAUCAUGGAUAUAUUCUGUAUUUUAGCUCAGAGCAAAUCCAGUGUUAUGAAGAGGUUUGGUUUAGGUUUUUGCAGGUUAGGUGAACACUAUGAUUUACAGACGUGACCCUGAACAUGCAAACAGUUGAUAUAAAGCCAGAUUUUGUCUCUAAAUGUAACUCAGCACUAAAGUUGAGUGGAUUUUUGGGCAAAUCACUUUUUCAAUUACAUUUUCAAACUUUCUAAAAGCCUAAUAUAACCUGAAGUCUAGGACCCAAAGACAUUUGAUUUACUGUCAGGGAAGGCCAGCAAAUGUUCGCAUUUGAAAACUGGAAGCCAGAUAAUCGUUGUCAUUGCUUUAAAGAAAAUGAUUUCAAUAUUAAUCAAACAGCUGUAACAAAGACAGUCACAGGUUCUCACUUUCUGCCAAAAAACUAGUUCUGGUGUCAUGUUUGGUCACAGGAAAUGUCUGAAAAGUGUCAAAAGUUGAUCUUAAAGCAAGAUUUCAUCGUCAACAAAUGCCAUGAAAAGACCAUAAGAAACAAAGUGUUCCUCUCAAUACUUUAGUGAAAAAUAUGAAAUAAAUCAAUACUAUUCAUAUUUUCCAGCUUUGUUUCUACAAUGACAAACACGUUAGUGCUUAUCAAACUGAGGAGUUGACCACACCACAAGAUUAGGAUUGUCAAAGCCAAGGUUUUUUUAUUUAUUUCAUUUGUUUUAUGGAAUAAAUAAUUGUGUACCGAC